AUGUGUUUCGUGUAUAUAACUAAUAGAAAUAGAAAUUCUGAAAUUUGCGUUCCAAAUUGGAACGGAAACCAAAAUCGAACUACUAAUAAUGUUUUGCAGUCUUCAGUUUCUCCGACCUUGUCAGUAACUUUACAAACACCUAUUCCAUCAUCUAUUAUUGCUCAUUCUGGCACGGAUAAUAACACCAAUUCUGUAAAUCUUGACUCCGCUGAAAAAGUAGAAAAUAUACUAGAUAAUACAUCUAACCACUCUGCGACUGCUUCUGACAAUUCUGAUAUAUACCAGGAGUCGGAUAUUCAAUACUCUGAACCACUUAUUCGUACAAACCCCAAAUCACCAGAAGAUAAGGAAAUUGAUGAUUUUCAGGAUCGACAAAAAAGUAUCCAAUCGAAUUCUCAACUUCAAGUUUCAAAUUCAUCUACUAGUUCGCACAAUAAACAGUCACAAAAUGGCAUCUCCUCCAAAAUAGUGGAAGCUAGUACAUCGGUGCUAGGCACAAAGUGCCAUUUCUCUGAAAUAAAAAUUCCCUAUAAUCAGAAGGUAGAAUGGGGAUUAAGGAAUGAAAUAUUUGUUUAUGACAAAAACAAUAAUAAUAAAAUUAUUGCACCUUGUACACAAAUUACAUCUGAUAAUACAUUUGACAUUCGAAUUCCUGAAUUUUCUUUAGAAAUGAUUUUAAGGGAUCUAAUAAAGUUACAGCUCAAAAUAUAA